AUCUGAGCGAUAAGAAGAAUUUUAUUCAAAGAGAAAAAAAAAGAGGAAAAAUAAUGAAUUUAUAUUUAAACAAAAAAAAAAUUGUUUUAAGUCAUAAAGAUGGUGAUUCGGACUAAAAUCGAGAUAUUCGAGAUACACAUUGACAUGAAUCUUUUUAUAAAAUUGUCUCCUAAAGUACCAAUAAAAUUAUGAUAAAUUAAUCUUACAUAAUCACCGGUCCUGGUAUCGUGACGUAGAUGAGGCGUAGUACAAAAAAAAAACGCCAGCUAGCUGAUGGGAUGGGAUGCGUGACUGCGAGACGCGUCGAACAGAAUCGCUGGAGAAUCGCUCAGCGACAGCAAGGCUGCUCUUAUCACAAGGCUUCUCUCGAAUAAAACUGAUAACAUCCGACCGGAAGUACUUGCAAACUUUCAUCAAACUCUGCCAAUCAGACGAUCCUUGUUAUAACAGCGAAAAUGGGUUUCAAUCCCAUGAAAUGGAAAACAAGAACCAUCGUGCAAGGUAUUUUAGGCGCUUUGUUUCUUUAUAUACUAUUUGUUUACAAGAAGAAGCAUCAAGUAAUGUUUGAGGCAACUGUAAAUAAUUCAAAUCCUAAGCAUGUAUGGGAAUUUGUGGCCGAUUUUAGCAACAUGAAAAAGUUGAAUCCAACAAUAGAGGAUUUUAAUGUGAUCGCAGAAAGCGGAAAUUACGAUCAUUGGAAAUAUUCCGUGCAAUAUACUGAACAUUUAAGUCACUUACCAAUGAUCCGAAACGUAGCGCACGGACACUACGCCGUCAAACCGGAUGACAAUGGCUAUGUCAUCAGUUCCAAGCAUCGGACUUGUUUCUUCUUCAAUUUCAACUGUUUGGAGUCUGUUUCACAAUUCAGAUUCGAUGCAGAUGAUACGAAGAAUACAAAAUGUAUCGAAACCGUACAAUACGAAUGUCCAAUCGCGUUUUCCUUUUUAUGCUUUAGGGAGGUCAUGUAUCAGCGAGAAGAGAUCAUGAAAAGACUCAAAUUGGAAUUCAAUAGAAAGGACAGUUAAAAUGUUUCGGUUACGAAAUAUUAUUAUGCAUAUACUUAUAUUUUUAUAUUAGAAUUUUUUUCAGAUAAAAAUGU